UCCCCGCCUCCGGAACAGGGCUUCUCCUGGAGAUCCUUUCUAGGGCCCCGCCUGAGUUGCUUUUUUGUCCCCUCUGCUCUUUCUGCCGCCCCCCCCGCUUCAUCUCCCCCGGGUUGAAAGGCGAAAGUGAAGGCAGACAGGAGCGGGUGCCAGUGUCCCCAGGCUGCAGUUGUGCCCCCGUCUGCUUCCCAGUGUGCCUCCAGGGCACCAGUCCCUGGGAGAUGCCCCAGGGAGUUUUGGGGGCAGCCUCACGUCAUCCGGUGCCAGCUUCUCUGGGCAUUGAACUGGCCGUUGUCCAAGCAGCCUGCUUCUUAAAUCACCGCUGCCCGCAGUCUGUCAUCCUGACUCGCAAGCUCAGCGGUGCAAAUCGGGACCGAGCGUCUAAAGCGCCAGUUCUCAACCUGGUUUAAACUCGAGGCAGACUCGACGCCCCUUGUUAGACUCCAGGCCGCCCUCGGAAAAUGCCAGCUCUCAGCUUUCGCUAGUCUUCACCACAGAAAAAUAAUUCUCUUGCAAAGAACUCGGAAAGAUCAGAGCAGGGCAGGAUGGUUUGGACAGUACAGAUUCCUGUUUGAAAACUCCUGGGUCUUGCCAUGAAUGUGGGAAAGGAGACAUGGAGAAGUGGAUUGCUUUGUCCCCUAGAUGAAUACAGCCCCACAGACUGGGCCUUGAUGUGUAAGUUGAUAGCAGCAACAGCACCAGCUUCUGAAUAAAAAGGGCUAGAGAAAAGAGAAAGGAAGAAACUACUGCUGAAAAUCAGAGCUGCGGAAUGUCUUCAUUGGGUAUAUGUUACUGUGUAGAAAAUAUUCCUUCCUGGAGUGACACCAGAUUGUGGGGAUAAUCGUAAGUGUUUUGUUACAUCACUAUUGCCACAACCAUCCUGCCUGACUACCUGCCUACAAGAAGCAGUCUUUCCAACUAGCGGCACAAGGUCGAAGAUUCACCCAGAAGAUGUUUUUGAAGGUGGCCUUAACUGCAUCUUUAAUAAAUCCUCAAAUAAUUUGCUUUGUGCAAAAUAUUAUCUGUUGUUCAGCCCUUUUGUAAAACGUGAAAGAGAUUUCCUCAAAAACAGACAUCUGUUUGGCCAAUUAAUCUGUCAGCUGCCUGCAGAUUUCCACGCAGCACAUUUUUGUUGCAGGCAAGAUGAAAAAAUGACAGCAGCCAAAGAGGUAACAAGGCAACUUGUUGACCCUUUGUUUGGGUUUGGCAGCGAUGGCAUGCAAUGAUACUCCAGUAGACACUUACGUUCCAUUCAAUGAGAGCACCCCACCCACAGGCUCCAAUUACACAGCUUUACCUACCCCACUCAGGAUAUUAUUAGCAAUAUUAAUGGUAAUCAUGAUUGCUAUUGGAUUUUUAGGCAAUGCCAUCGUCUGUCUCAUUGUCUACCAAAAACCAGCAAUGCGCUCUGCCAUCAAUCUGCUGUUAGCAACUCUGGCCUUUUCUGAUAUCAUGUUGUCCUUGUUCUGUAUGCCUUUUACUGCAGUCACAAUAGUUACAGUGAACUGGAACUUUGGGGCUCACUUUUGUCGAAUAUCAGCUAUGCUGUAUUGGCUAUUUGUCUUGGAAGGAGUAGCCAUACUCUUGAUCAUCAGUGUUGACCGUUUUUUAAUCAUCGUUCAACGGCAAGACAAGCUGAACCCUCACCGUGCCAAAGUCAUGAUUGCUAUCUCCUGGUUACUAUCCUUUUGCAUUUCCUUUCCUUCUGUGGUUGGACGGUCAUUUGUGGAAGUUCCCACCCGAGCUCCCCAGUGUGUCCUGGGUUACACUGAAUUUCCUGCUGACAGAGCAUAUGCUGUGAUGCUAGUUGUGGCUGUUUUUUUCAUCCCUUUCAGUAUCAUGUUGUACUCUUAUCUUUGCAUUCUAAACACUGUGCGGAGGAACGCUCUUAGGAUCCACAACCAUGCUGAGAGCCUUUGCUUGAGCCAGGUGAGCAAGCUAGGCCUUAUGGGGCUACAGAAGCCUCAUCAGAUGAAUGUGGAUGUGAGCUUUAAAACAAGAGCCUUCACGACAAUUCUCAUCCUGUUCAUUGGCUUUUCACUCUGUUGGCUUCCACACACAGUGUUUAGCCUGCUUUCUGUGUUCAGCAGGCAGUUUUACUACAGCCCUUCUUUCUAUGUCACCAGCACUUAUAUCCUGUGGCUAAGUUACCUCAAAUCAGUGUUUAACCCUGUCAUCUAUUGCUGGAGGAUCAAGAAAUUCCGUGAGGCCUGCAUGGAGUUCAUGCCUAAAACAUUCAAGGUCCUCCCUAAAGUGCCUGGACGAACAAAGAGGAGAAUACAACCAAGUACAAUAUAUGUUUGUAGUGAGAACCAGUCAGCUGUUUAGGAAGAGGCUAUGGGGUGGAGGAGGAAUCAGGAAAGGGUUGAUUAAAAUAGACAAUACAUUGUUUCUACUGCUUAUUUUCUGCUUACAUUACAUAUCUCUGGAACAAUUACUCAUUCUAGAUUUUGUUUUGUGUGUAAAAAUUGUACUUGUAACUCUUCACUCUGUUUACAAGCCAUUCAUUAUAACUGCUUCAUUUUAACCCACUUGAUGCAAUAGUGCCAAUGUAAAAAAAAAUCACACUUGUAACCAAAAAUAGUUUGGCUGCUA